AUGGCUACAAUUGAAGAGACAAAUCUUGGAGAAGAGCUCGAUCGACAGGAAUCGACUGAGGAACCCACGGCGGAAACAAAAAUCGAUGCAGUGGAUUCGGAGAAGACAGAUCACGAACCAGAAGUGGAUGAGCCCGAAGAAAGUGUCCCACCCACGGCCGCCUCUCCCGAAGAAAUUGAAAAGCCAAUGAAGACACCGACAAAGAAGACCGAGAGCAAGUCACCAAAGAAAGAAUCGCCAAAAAAAGAAACCCCAAAACGGACACCCCGCAAUGAAACUUUUGAUGAGAAUACGGAUUCGGUAAAACCGGGAGCGUACGAUCAACCACUUGUUGUUGAAGGAAAAAGAGAAAGGACAAAGGUGACACAUUUUGCAUCAACGUUGACUCCAAAAGUUGAGUCGCCGAAAGCCGAAGCGAUGGGUGGAAAGGGAGCUGGUAUGGCACUUGGGGAUAUUGCUUCAGCAAAUGAAUACAUCACUAAGAAGCCGACUCAAGAUUUGAAGAAAUUGCACAAAUUGCUCUAUUUGCGUGAGGGACAAGCCGCACACAGCAUUGUGUUUAAGAAAGCACUACGCAAGUUUAAUGGAUGGUGGUUCACGGAGAAAUCAGAUGAUUGGAACAAAAGAGUCUCGUAUUUGCAAAAGUUGAAAGUGGCGGAAGUGAAGCAUUUGCGCGCCGGAGUUGGUCUACAUCAUGCUGCACCAACAAGAGAUGAAGAGAUCUCAAAUCUUAUGCAUUUCUUGCUGAAUCCUGCCGGGAAAUCGACGCAAAUUGAAGCAGAGAAGAAAGAAAAAGCAAAGGAAAGAAAAAGGAAAAGACAAACAAAAGUGAAAAUGCCUUCAAAGAAGAGAAAAUUAUCGGGAAAAUCGGAUAGCGAAGAUGAAGAAGAUGAUGAGGAUGAUAAAGAAGAGGAGGAAGAUGAAGUAUCUGAUGAUCCACCAAGUGAUAAAGAGGAGAAGAAAAAACCCACCAAAAAAGCAGCACCAAAGCAAACGUCAGCCAAGAAGCCUGCCGCCAAGAAGUCAAAGGAGAAAAUUGAGGAUUCUGAUGAGGAAAUGGAAGAGGAAAAAAACAACAAAAAAGGAGACAGUGACACAGAUGACAGUAGCGAAAGUGGAGAAAAUAAAGAAAAGGAGAAAGAGGAUACGGCUGCUCCGAGUGAUUCCCAUAUCGAAAAGACCGUUCGAGAUUUACUCAAAACUUUUGAUCUUUCACAGGUGUCGAUGAAGCAAAUGGUGCAAGCUGUUUGUGACAAAUUUCCCGAUUCGGAUCUCGAGGAACGAAAGGGUUUCCUCAAAGAAAUGAUCAAGAAGCUGCUGAGUGAGAAUGAA